AUGAAGAGUGUCAACGCCACCUCUGUGCACUUGGAGAAGGCGGGCAAUGAGCCGAGUGAUGCCGUGGAACGUGGACGCCAUCUCCAAGAGGAUGAGUGUCUGAUGUACCCCUACGAUCUCGUGGUAAAUGGAUCCGUAAUCGCCAUGCCUUCUUUCAUAAUCCGGUUUGGUGCCACAGAUGCCCCUGGUCUCUAUCUGCCAAAGGUCUGGACAUCUGUUUGGACAUCGAUGGCUUCCCUCGCACAGGCUCUGGGCGCGUACUCCGUCGGUCUAGUUGCCGACAGAUGGGGUCGUAAAUGGCAUGGAGCCGCUGCAGGUAUUCUCUCCUUGGUUGGAACGGCUGUUUUGUAUACAGCCGAAAUUGGAGACUGGUUUCUGGCUGGGAGAAUGAUCACAGGAACAGCAAUUGGAGCUGGAAUGACGGCAGGAACCAGUUACGCAUCUGAAGUCGCCCCGCUGAAACUCGCUGGCCCCAUGCAAGCCUGCCUUGUGCUAUUUGUAGUUUUCAUGCAGGGAGUGGGCUUAGGUCUUGUAGGAAGAACAACUUCAACAUCUGAUGAAGAAGCAUCGUAUAUGGAGUGCUUCCGCGGUACGAUCCUGAAGCGAACGUUGACGGUAGCCUUUCUUUACAGCACCAACAACUGGGUCGGGGCUGCUUUCCUGGCUCAGUCCACCUACCUCCUUCUCACGGUGGGAUUGCCUGCCGUGCACUGCUUCGAUAUCGGUAUCGGGGGAUGUGGCUUGGCCAUCAUCGUUAUCAUUUGCCUUGGUAUUUUUGGACAUAAAGUCAGCAAGCGCGGGUGGCUUCUUUCAGGCAUUAUUCUAAAUUUUCUGUUCAUGACCACCAUCGGCGCUCUUUUACUGGGCCCCAGGAAUGGGAGCCGUGAACAUCCUAAUCUCAAUCCAAACCAGUCUUCUGCAAGCUAUCGGAUGGCCCAUCGCAGCGGAGAUACCGAGUUUUCGUCUUCGGCCAAAACCCUCGCCAUUGAAGUUCUGUUCCAGACGUUGUCAACCUGGCUGACCCAGUUCGUCGUGCCUUACAUUUAUAACACGGAUUCCAGUGAUCUCGGGGCGAGGACCGCAUUUCCGUUCGCGGGUCUCUCGAUAUUGGUCUUCAUUUGUGCAUAUUAUUGUGUUCCGAACACGACCGGCCUUACUACUGAAGAGAUUGACCGUCUCUACGCAGAGAAGGUGCCAGUCAAGAGAUUCGGCGCAUUUAUGCCUGAAGUGAGUGUUGAAUAG